CUUUAAAUAAGAUGGCCGGUGCGUAAAGUGCUUAAGAAAUCAGAGUUUAUUUUCGCAGAAAUUGUACAGCCUUUGUAUUUUGACACUUAUUAAAAUAAGCAUUUUGAACAGAAAAACAAUGUCAAAUUCAUCGAGUGAACACAAGGUGCACUUUCAGCCUGUAGAAGUGCAGGCCCAUGAUUCAGAGAUAACACUCAAGUAUAGUGAAAAAAGAAUAGACGUACAUUUAGGGUUCCUGCAGAUAAACAGACACUACACAGUUACAUUUGUGAUGCAAGAUGACCUUGGGGAGGAUCUCACAUUUGACCCGUUGCAGAAUCUCCAUGCUAGAGUUACAAAAUAUGAACCUACAGAGGAUGGACUUGGUCAUCAACUAGAGAUGGACUUCCAUGCCCACAGAGAAAAGCUCAUUCAGGAACGGGUUUCUGUGAAGAGUAUAACAGGAAACGGAAACUACAGGGAUAUUGUUCUCCAUGCAAGGGUGUUGGGUAAGGGAAAGGGCACCCCAGCUCUCCGCAAUGGAAUCAAGUGUAGCCAGGUGGAUGAUGACAAUGACUCAGAUGUCACAGAUUGGCAAGGCUUUGACUGAUGAACAGUGCCAUUAUAGAUGGGAAAAUGUCUCAUGAUUGCUGUAUUAUGAUAGUAUUGGAAUCUGAGAGGAUGUAAAUCGUAGAAUUGAUCUAGAAGUCUUUUGUCCAUGACUCUAACAUAGGAAGUGUUUUAUAACCGGUAUUAUACAUGCACAUUGUGUAUGAUGAGUAUGCAGCUGUUUGCCUGGAAUGAACAUUAACUUUUUAUCACAAAUGGACACUGCCUGCAUUAAAAUGUAAAACAUACAAGAUUAUAAUAGUGCUAUUAAAUAUGUUUUAUUGGAAAUAGUCUAAUAAUCCUUAUAACGUGGUAUGUUUAAUUUAAAACCAUGUGUCAGGUACAUUAUGGAUACGAUAAUGAAGAUAAUAAUAGUUUAAGUAAGCAAAGGUGCUGGGGGCUAUUUCAUUAAGAACCCUUACAGUGAUUUCAUACCGAGGAAAUAUUUUCAACAAAUGCAAUGAUACUGCUGAAAAUAUAUGUAUAUAUAUAGGUUCAAAAUUGCUCCAAGGAAUAUUACUGACAUGGCCACCUUGUCGUGAACACGGUGGUGUAAUCGGUGGUGAUUUCUAGGGGACUACAUCUUGUAACACUAUACCUUAAACUGGCUAAAUACGUUAUCCAUACAAGGAUCAUAUCACUUUGUAAAGAAGGUAUUAGUGCCUUUAUUGUUGGUUGUGAGUGAUUUAUAAGAAAAGACAUAUUCCUGCCUUUUUUGUUAUAACAGUAUCAUGCAAGUUACCAAUAAUAUCAUCAUUCAUUUAGAAAGCCAUUGUAAACUACAAUGUCAUUGAUAUUAUUUAUACUUAUUUGGUAAGUACAUGCAUUUAACUUUUUUGAUCAGUGAUAUUUUUGACCUAAUACAUAUUUUUUCAAACAUCAAAGAAGGCUUUUUUAGGCCUGGGAGACGAGACUGCUUUUGAUUUAUUUGCUAAAUGCUAUAAUUUGUAACAUUUUAUGAGUUUCCAACAGAUAAAGAUUGUAUAAUAUUUAACAUAGUUUUAAGGGUAGCCAUGGUUUAAUAAAUGUCAUUCCCGAUUUUAAUGUUAAUGUAUAUUUUUGCUCGACUGAACCAUAAAUGUGUCACAAGCCAGGCACUGCCCAGCUGCCAAAUGAAUGAUUUAGUAAAGCAAAAAAUAAGUAGAUCGUAUCAUUUGGCAUUAAUGGCUUUACAAUUGGCAGGGCGCGGAUCAUUUUACAAAAUAGCACACUUAAUAAUAAACACUAAUGAAUAAUUAAGUGGAAAGUAGGCAUUUGUUUUAGACAAAGGCUUUCUAAAUGAUUAAAUGAUGAUCUGUCUGGUUGUCCCAUUGACAGAGACAUGGGCGAAAACACUAUGUGCAUAGAUUGGUUUGUUUCAUAUUCUGUCAGAUAUUAUAAAACACUGAAUCAAUGUAUUUUUUAUGACUGAUUAUUUGGAACAUGUUGAGUAUAUUUAGUUUUUCUAACCCUGAAGAUUUUAAGGCAGUUUUUCUUCAUGGACUGGUUUAUACAUAUAUCUAAAGUAAAUUAUGCAUGUACAUGUAGAAUAUGAAAAGAAUAUGGUUGAUAUGGUAGGCAUAGAAAAACUAUAUCAGGUUAUAUCAAUAUUGUAGAAAUUUUUAAAAAUAUAAUUGUCAAAUAUUAGCAUGUUCACUGAAAUUAAGGCAUAUUUUUAGGAAAUUCGGAAAAAACCCACACUACAUCAAGAAAAGUGUAGAGUCGGGAGAAUAAAAAGUAGGAUAGGUAUAGUAAAUGGAAACAUACAAUUUAUUUUUUAACGCCUAUGCUUCUAAUUAAAUAUUAGAACUCUGGGAAAGGAAUUUAACAAAAUAAAAAGCAAGUGAAUUAUCAUUUUCUUCGUAUAUGGUUUAUAUUUUUACCCCUGUCUUCAUUGUUUUGUGUAAAUGUUAGAUUUUACUUUUAUUAAUACUGCUGAUAUUUUUCUGAAUCAGGUUCAUACAUUUGUAAAAUAGAUAGAACGAAAUUGGUUAAAACAUACUUUUUUAUUAUUAUGUAGUGUAAUCAUUUCUAAUUCAUUAAGUACAUGUAUUUUGAAGGUACUGUUUUAAAAGACUUGUUUAAUAUUUAUUUAAGAACAAUUUGAAUUAAAAAAGAUUUUUUUUUUCUUUGUUUUUUGUUUUAAAAUUAAUUAAAAAACAAUUGAGAUUUGUAAAAUUCAGUCAUUUGAAAAAAAACCAGGUUAUUACUCACAUUAAAUAAACAGGUGAAACACAUUCAACAUAUUCUUAAGGAAAAUUAAACAAGCUCAUAUUCAUUGCAAGAAAAAGUAUUUUAUGAGUAUAUUGAUCAUAAAUUUAUUUAUAAUAGCUAUGCUGGUAAAUGCAAUUAAACUCCUUAAAAGGAAAUAAAAUUAAAAAUAUUUUAACAGUGUAAUCAUUAUGGUAUAGUUGUUCCAUGUACGGCGGGAUUGGUUCCCAAAGUGGGAAAUUGGUUCCCAAAGGCAGGAUUGGUUUCUGGUUUCCAAAGGCAGGAUUGGUGCUUAAUAUUUUUUGAAAGUUCAAAAACGAAAUCAGAUUUGCUUUGAUUUGUAUUGACUUAAGCUUUGUUUCAUAGUUUGCUGUUUGUAUUUUCCAAUUCCUUUAUUUCUUUCAUAUUGUAUUUUAUUUGUUAGAAAUCCAAGUGUUUAUAGGUAAACCCUAAUUUAACUUUAUAUGCAUAUCAUCUUUUGUUCCAUUUAUCUAUAAAGUUGAUUUAACAUCAAUUAUUGUUAAACUUUUGUCUGAAUAGUUGUGAAGAACAAGUAAAACACUUAACAGCUGUUACAUAAUAAAGUACUCAUGCAGUUUUUAACUGUCACUAUUAGUUUGAUAUUCAUUAGAAAAGUGGUAUGUGCAUUGUUGAGAAUUGUUAUGCAAGUUUAGCUACGAUAGCUAUUUAUUGAUUUAUGUGGUAGAAAUUUUAUAUCUAAUUUUUUUAUAAAAAUAAAGUUUGAAUAAGU